AUGGACCAAGGUACGGCCGAGACAGUGUAUGACAUUUCUCCCAAACUCUGCUCACAGCAGUCCUGGACUGGACCGGCUGCAGCAGGCCCAAGACCGACUAUAGAGCUGGUCCCCAUCGAGCGAAAACGACCCGUGCUUGAAGCAGGUCUCGUGCGGCGGAACGUUGUUUUGACAUGUCCAGUGCAUCCCCAGAUCCGCAGUCAAGUCAACGGUAAAUAUGAUGAUGACGAGCUCAUGACCGUCCGAUACUCAGCCCUCACCUGCGAGCCCUCGGGGUUCCACAAGGAGCGAUUCACGUUGCGACAGAAUCUGUACAUCAAACCCCGACGAACAGAGCUUCUUAUCAUAAUCCCUCUCUGCGAUGAGUCUGGGACGGAUCUGGGUCGUACUUUGACUAGCAUCUUUGCCAAUAUCCAGUACAUCUCCUCCCAGAAGAGGGUUAAGACGUGGAAGCGGCACGGGUGGAAGAGGUGCGUUGUCUGCAUUCUUGGCGACGGGCGAGGUAGAUUGUCAGAAGAAGCAAAGGCUGCUCUCACACUGAUUGGACUCUGGCAGCCAGCCCUGGCAGUGCGCGAUGUGCAGGGUCAAGAUGUCCGCGCCCAUCUGUUUGAGUAUACCACUUGCGCCAGACUCCGGGAUAGCACCCUGCAACCUUUGCCAGAAUGUCCGCAAACUCCAGUCCAGAUGAUCCUCUGCUUAACCGAAAGAUAUCAAGGUCCUCAAAGCUGUGGCAAGUGGCUUUCGGAGGCGAUCCUACCGGAGCUUGAUCCCCAGAUGUGUGUCUUCGUCCCAGCUGGGGCAAAGCCUUCUGCAGACGCCAUUUACCGUCUCUGGGAGCGACUGCACCUCCAUCCGAGGUGCGGAGGAGUUGUUGGGCAGACAGAAAUGAGGGCCUCGCUACUGACCUGGGCGCUGAAUCCUCUGGCAGCUGCUUAUGGUGUGCAUCUGAAGCUGGCAAGUGUUCUGGAGAAUCCCUUCCAGUCCUUCCUGGGGUUUGCACCAGCAUUUCCAACCCAGCUUUCUGCUUUCAGAUGCCAGCAGGAGAGGAAAAGCCAGGACCAAACCUCAGGAGGCUGGGAAGCAGCGUCUGUUCGAGACGAGCCGAAGUCCAUUACAUGGGGUAGUCACAUAUCGGACCGCCGGCUCUGGGCGUUCGAUAUUCUCUCUCGCCGUUGGAAUCGAGAUCGUCUUGAUUAUGUGCGCAAGGCUAGGGCCCAUGUUCAAGCCCCUCCUUCGAUAGACGCAUACAUUGUCGACCUUCAGCAUUAUAUGCAGGACCGAAUAGUUUUCAUGAUGGAUUCGUGGAGUACCAUGCAGAACAUAGAAGGGGGGCUCCGGAAACUGAAAUUUGCUGCUCUGCUUAUAUAUUCAUGCCUAAAUCUCGUCGUUUCCUGGUUUGCGAUUGGCAACACAUUUCUCAUAUUCUUCUUCAUCAACCACUAUUUCGCCUCAGAUUCUAUUAUCGGCCGGCAUAGUUCGGCCACAGAGACAGGCCUCUUGACGCUGUACACCUUUCUCCUGAUGGUAUCUGUGCUCUGUGGUUUGACCUAUCAGCCGCAUACUAACAGGCUACGUAUUAUUCGUACUGUUAUCACAGUGGGGUGGAUACUUCUCGCAGCAUACAUACUUAUUGCCAUUAUUGUGGUUGGUUUCAAGACGACAAGGCCUACAUUUCACAUUCUCAGCAAUAAUCCCACAGACUUCCGUGAAUGGUUUGACGAACGUCGCUUUUCCCUUGCAAUCCUUCCGCUGGUUGCUAUUUAUGCCAUUCGGCUCCUGGCAUCCAUGUUAUUCCUCGAUCCUUGGAUUAUUUUUGCAGCAGUAGGUUUCCGUCUUCAAAGCUCUCCUCAAUCCAAUUCGACUGACGCGGAGCAGAGUAUCCAAUAUGUCCUCUGCAUACUCGCACACGUGAACUUUAUCAACAUAACCACAUUCAUGUAUAGCAAACUGUCCGUAUCCGAAGAGCAAAAUACUGCAAAUGGCGGAAUACCUAUUCCUACGAAUUACUUCGUGCGCCCCGGAAACAAAGUGCACCUCGAUUCCCCCAGUGACGACGAUUUGAAUAAAGCAUAUGACGAUUCGCUGGCGCAGCUUUUAGAUCCUCCAGAUCUAGAGUCAGCAAGACUACCUUCAAGAAAAUGUGAAAAUACCUCGAGAGUGUAUCCGGACAAGGUGGUGCUGACUUGGGCACUGUCAAAUAUACUUCUUUGCGCCGUCAUUUUACACGCCAUCCCUUCUGUCAAGGGUCUUGCUGGAGAUGAUUUAGAGAAUAUGAACAGGUGCCCUUCAACGGCCUACCUGCUUGUUAUCUUCUGGUUGAUUGGUAGUCUUGAGGGGGUCAAAUUUAUGGGUGCGAUUCUGUUUAUCAUAAAGGAGGUUAUAUACUUUUUCUAG